AAAAAAAAAAAAAACUCAUGUGAAACCGUCAAACGGCAACAUAUCGGUGAAAGUUUAAACUCUCAACUGAGAUCAGCCGCCCGCACUGGAACCUGACGGUGCUCAAACAAGAUCUCUGAUAUACAUCAACCCUAAUUUCUCUCCCCUUUGCUUACGAAAUCCAUAAUCUUCCAUUGUUUUGCUAAAAAAGAUGAGUGUGAUCGAUAUUCUCACCAGAGUUGAUGCGAUCUGCAAUAAAUACGACAAGUACGAUGUAGAAAAGCAAAGAGAUUCCAAUAUCGCCGGUGACGAUGCUUUCGCUCGUCUUUACUCUUCGGUUGAAUCCGACAUUGAAACCGCUUAUCAGAAAGCUGAAUUAGCAGCAAAUGAGUCGAAUAGGGCUUCUGUUGUCGCGUUGAAUGCUGAGAUUCGUCGUAUAAAAGCGAGAUUACUUGAAGAGGUUCCUAAAUUGCAGCGAUUGGCUCAGAAAAGGGUGAAAGGACUUUCCAUUGAGGAACUUGGGGCUCGUAAUGACCUUGUCCUUGCUUUGCCUGAGAGAAUUCAAUCGAUACCUGAUGGAACUCCUGGACCUAAAAAGAAUGGGGGUUGGACAUCCGGGUGGACUUCUUCAGCUACUCGCCAAGAAAUAAUAUUUGAUUCUGAUGGAAGAUUUGAUAGUGAAUAUUUGCAAGAGACUGAACAGUCAAGCCAAUUUAGGCAAGAAUAUGAAAUGAGAAAAAUUAAACAGAAUCAAGGUCUGGAUAUGAUAGCAGAAGGUUUGGACACAUUGAAAAAUAUGGCACAUGAUAUGAAUGAGGAGUUGGACAGGCAAGUUCCUCUGAUGGAUGAGAUUGACACCAAGGUAGACAAGGCAACUUCUGAUCUCAAGAAUACCAAUGUCAGACUCAAGGACACUGUGACACAGCUGAGAUCUAGUCGAAACUUCUGCAUUGAUAUCAUUCUUUUAUGUAUAAUUCUUGGUAUUGCUGCAUAUUUGUACAAUGUGUUGAAGAAGUAAAUGGCAAUGGUGGCUAACCCGCCAACUAAGUUUUAUGGUGUCAUCUUGUGUGUUGGUGUUCCAGGGUGUGACUUAUUGGUCUGCUUUUCUACAUGUCUUUUAUGUACCUUUGUUCAUACUCCAAAAAUGAACGCGCCUUGCUUAUUAAUACUUCACUUCAUGUAAAUCUAUCGUAGUUUGUAUCACCGUUAUUUUUAGUUUUUGGCAGUAUGUAUCACUAUUAUUAAAUCAGAUGCAAUUUUAUCAAUGUGAAGUUGCAGAUAAUAUUUUGUUAAUGAUCAAACAAAAACAAUUUUUUGUAUCACCAUUUUUAAUGUUCCUCGAUCUUUUCGUUUUAUUGACAAUUUAAAUUAGUUGCGGACGUCCUUGGUCAAAUAGGCCAACUAGUGUAAUUCUCUUAUCAUUACUAAUUUGAACUUAAUCAUUCGGCUCGAAUAAAUAAUUUGAAUUCAAA